AAAAAUCCAGAUGAACCAUGUGUGUAUAAAAGGAUAAUUGGGAGUAUUAUAUCGUUUCUUAUUUUAUAUGUAGACGAUAUACUCUUAAUCGGUAAUGACAUACCGUCAUUACAAGCGGUUAAAAUUUGGCUAUCAAAAAGAUUUUCCAUGAAAGAUUUAGGUGAAGCAUCCUGUAUACUGGGUAUUCAGAUCUAUAGAGAUAGAUCUAAAAGGAUGUUAGGAUUAUCGCAAUCUAGAUACAUUGGCAAAGUGCUAAAACGGUUUAGCAUGGAAAAUUCCAAGAAAGGUUUUGUACCUGCAUCUCCUGGAAUCUCCCUCUCUAAAAAGAUGUCUCCCCGGACUGAUGAAGAGAGGAAACGCAUGAGUCUAAUUCCUUAUGCCUCGGCAGUAGGAUCGAUCAUGUAUGCCAUGUUAUGUACUAGACCAGAUAUCGCUUAUUCACUCAGUUUGUUAUUUUUGAUAUACGGUAAAAGUGACCUCCGAAUGGAGGCUUUUUCCGACUCAAGCUUUCAGAGCGAUAUCGAUGAUAGUAAGUCUGUAUCAGGAUAUGUUUUCACCCUCAAUAGAGGAGCUGUCAGCUGGAAAAGUUCCAAGCAGGAUACAGUAGCAGACUCGACUAUGGAAGCUGAAUACAUUGCAGCUAAUGAUGCAGCUAAAGAAGCUGUCUGGAUGAGGAAGUUCCUUUUACGAGCUUGCAGGAAUCCUAAAGAUCCCGCAAGUGACGUUGAGCUCAUGUCCAUUGAUCACACUGAUCCGGACAUGAAUGCCCUUCUGUUUAAGCCCGGUUGCACUUAUCCUAUGAACAACAAUUUAUUAAAUUUCACCAGUAAAAUUAUUGCAAGAAUUGUUGCUCACAAUCUUAUUCCUAAAACCGGUAGCUUUGAUUAUUUUGCUGCAGAUAAGGUGAAUGCUGUAUAUGCCAUUUUUGCCAAAAUAAGAGUAAAUUGGGCAAAUGUGUUUCUCAAAAACAUGGCUUACAAACACUCAAAAUUUCUUCCAUUUGGCUCCUUCAUCACUCUUAUCCUCAAGCAUUUUGGAGUUGACCUUUCUGGUGAACCCAAGGUUGACCCAAACAAGAAAUAUUUUGAUAGGGUCGCCCUCUCUCGUAUGCAACUUUCAGAUUCCCUAUCUUCUGCUCCUGGAGAACCAUCCUCAUCCCGACCUCGUUCUAGACCUACUACCAUCUCUGCCUCUGAGGUCUUUGACCGUUUGGAUCACCUCGAGACUCAGGUCUCGAGCAUUCAAAAGGAUGUGAGGACAUUCCUCAGUCUUCAGCGUCAGUCUCUUUGGAUUCAGGAUCCCACUCCCGACUAUGGCACUGGAUCUGAAGAGGGCUCUGAAGAAGAAUCUAGCUCGGGCUCUGAAUCUGAUAACGAUGGUGGUGAUUGA